ACUUUUCACAGUCUUCUCCUCCUAACAGUCCACAUUCUUCCUCCUAUCGCCUGUAAUCCUGUCCUCUUCACCCACUCUCCCUCUGCUCGUGUUCACUGAAAGCCGACUCCCUCCCCACCACCAAGACUCUGACUCUUAUAUUUGUGUUUCCUGUCAGACACAUUCACAACACAUUCAGCCCUGCAAAGACACCACUUUAUUUUUAAUUGUCUGUCUGCUGCAUGUGGUGGUUUUGGUUGUGACCAUUCACGCAGGAAUACAUGCUUUUAUGUGUGUGGUUUGCUCGAUGGUCUUCCAAUGAGGCGUUUCUUUUGGCGGACGCUGGAGCAACUGGUGUUUCUGACAAAAACCCUUAAAGUUGGUAAAUGCAAGAACCCAAAGAAGAAACUCAAAGUCAGGAAAACUAAACCCUCGGUGAUCCUGACAGUUUACCUCAAUGACACCCAGCAGAUGCUUACUGAAGUCCCAGUUACUCCGGCAACCAGAGUCACUGACGUGGUUGAAUACUGCAAAGAGGCCGGUGAGGGGGAGUGUCACCUAGCUGAAGUAUGGAAUGGUCAUGAGCGGGUCCUCCCUCACGAGUUGCUACUGUUGGAUCUCCUUCAGCAGUGGGGGGCCCGGCGGCCGGAGGUCAGCUUCUACCUCCGGCACUGCCCCUCUUGGGUACAAGGAAGUCAGCAGCCUGCGGAGCCGAGCUGCACCUCAGAAGCAACAGAGAAUGCUAAUGACAGGGUUCCCCGAGUGGAGCUGACCCUCUCUGAGCUCCAGGAAAUGGCCACAAGACAACAACAACAAAUAGAGGCUCAGCAGCAGAUGUUGAUCGCCAAGGAGCAAAGGCUUAGGUAUCUUCAGCAGGAAGGGACGUCUAACCAGGAACAGACACAGUCUGAAGCUGAGAAGCUUCAGCGGCUGAAGGAGCGGGUGGAGACUCAGGAGGCAAAGUUGAAGAAGAUUCGAGCCAUGAGGGGACAAGUGGACUACAGUAAACUGAUCAAUGGAAACCUCUCUGCAGAGAUUGACCAUAUUAGCAGCCUGUUUCAGGAGAAGCAGGCAGAACUUCAGUCUGCAGUGAUCAGAGUGGACCAGUUGACUCAGCAGUUGGAGGAUCUAAAGAGGGGGCGCCUUCAGUUGCACUCUGCUGACCCAGCUCAGGGGUCGCCUGCUGGGUCUCAUGGUUCUACUGCAGGCCAGAAAGAAUCAACCUUGUCUGGCCCUGCAGCACUGGAACUGAGGAAACUCUACCAAGAGCUGCAGGCUCGUAAUCGCCAUAACCUGGAGCAAAGCAGCAAGCUGGCACAGAACAAAGACCUGCUGAACAAGAGGAACGCCCAGGUGACGAUGAUGGAUCAACGCAUUGGAGACCUGAGGGAGCGGCUCCACAAGAAGAGAGCAGAAUUGAGCCGCAUGAAUGGAGGAGGCCUCUCCUCCCCUCAGACCUCCUCUCACCCCAGUGGUGGAGUUUCCAGUCGUGUGGCGGCCGUUUGUCCCUACAUCCAGGUUCCAGCUAAGGGGAGACAAGAAACAGGAUACAACCUGCCUCCUGACCCCCCGUCUAAACCCACCCCACUCAGCCACAUCCGCUCCCUCUCAGAGGAGGACAAAAGUGACAUGAGGAAUCCUCCUGGCCAAUGGAAAGUGUCAGAUUUAGACAUCGUUCUGUCAAACCCCUCUGAGACGUGGGAGGGACCUCAGUCCCCAUGGGGGGGCGACAGCAACAACACUAACGAGGCGUCGUGGCCUAAACUCAGUAAGAGUGUGUCAGAUUGGAGGACCAACAGUCCAGAACAGCUGCCCUCUGGUUAUGGUACUUAUCCCAGCGCUACCCACCAGGCUGCAGGUCUUCACUGUGCCACAAGCUCUCUGCCCCGCUCUGCCCCCGGUACGCUGGGUUGGCCUCAAUCAAAUACUGCCAAUGGUGCAUCCUCCUCCUCGUCAUCAUCAUCAUCCUCGACACAGCAAAUACAGCAGCGCAUCUCUGUUUCCCCAAAUUCAUGCCAAGUAGGUUCCUCCCAGCUUUCUCUACUUUUAUCACAAACAGAGCGAACAGAGCCCCCUCCAGCAGUGGCUGUACGGCCUUAUGUUCCGGACCAUCCCUCCAGACCCCAGUCACCCAGGAAGGGUCCCGCUACUAUGAACAGCAGCUCUAUAUAUAGCAUGUACCUCCAGCAGCCUCAGUCUAAAAACUAUGGAUCCCUCAGCAACAGGGCUACAGUCAAAGCAGUCUAUGGUAAACCCAUCCUGUCAACGUCCUCUGCUUCCCCGUCCCCUGUUCCUUUCCUCCACGGAGGUGGAGGAACAAAAGCAGCUGCAGAGGUUGUUACCGAUAAAGACGGGGUGAAAGGAGGAGGAGAAAGCAGCAACGGUCAAAUAAUCCCUCCUUCCAGUGUGGACAACAUUCCUCGUCCCCUCAGUCCCACUAAGCUCACCCCAGUUGCCCAUUCCCAGCUACGCUACCAGAGUGAUGCUGACCUUGAGGUGCUUCGUCGACGCUUCAGCAAUGCCCCAAGACCCCUGAAGAAACGAAGUUCCAUUACAGAACCCGAAGGUCCGCAGGGACCAAACAUACAGAAACUGCUUUAUCAGAGGUUCAACACAUUGGCAGGAGGCAUGGAGGGAGUCUCAGACAGUACUUUCUACCAGCCCGACUGCCUCCUGGGUGACAUGGACAGCAUCCACACAGCUAAUGGGAAUGUAGAACCGAGUGACAAGCACGUCGGUAUGACAAGCGUCGAGGGCGACAGCCAGAACCCGAACUUUGAUGCUCGGCGCUCGUCCCCACCUUACGUUACCAUAGAAACAUCAAAAGAGGCAACGGGAUCAGCUGAAACUCCUAAUAAUGCGUCGCCGUCAACGCAACCCAGCCCCUCCCCUGCACCUGACAGGCCAGAGGACCAGAACAACAACAACCACAGAGGCUGUAGUCGGGCUCCCAGCUCUGCGAGCCACGCCUCACCUUCUCCAUCACCUCCUGCAGCACCUUCACUGCCUAAGGCCAAGCGAACCAACCUGAAAAAGCCGUCGUCAGAGCGAACUGGCCACGGCUUGCGCGUCAAGUUUAACCCUCUGGCUCUGCUGCUGGAUGCAUCGUUGGAGGGAGAGUUUGACUUGGUGCAAAGAAUCAUAUAUGAGGUUGAAAAUCCCAGUAUGCCUAAUGAUGAAGGCAUUACUCCUCUUCAUAAUGCCGUCUGUGCUGGUCAUCAUCAUAUUGUCAAAUUCCUGCUGGACUUUGGAGUGAACGUGAACGCGGCUGAUAGUGACGGAUGGACUCCUCUGCACUGUGCAGCUUCAUGUAACAGUGUCCACCUGUGUAAGAUGCUGGUGGAGUCUGGGGCAGCUAUCUUUGCCACAACCAUUAGUGAUGUUGAAACAGCAGCGGACAAAUGUGAAGAGAUGGAGGAGGGCUACACCCAGUGUUCCCAGUUCCUCUAUGGUGUACAGGAAAAGUUGGGCGUGAUGAAUAAAGGUCUGGUCUAUGCUCUCUGGGACUACACAGCCCAGCAGGCCGAUGAGCUGUCCUUCAGUGAGGGCGAUGCCAUCAUAAUUCUCCGUCGCCGCGAUGACACAGAGACCGAGUGGUGGUGGGCACGUCUUAAUGAGCGGGAGGGAUAUGUUCCCAGAAACCUGUUGGGGCUUUACCCGAGGAUCAAACCCAGACAACGCUCACUAGCAUGAAGCCACGCACACACACACACACACACACACACACACACACACACACACACACACACACACACACACACACAGACACACACACACACACACACACACACACACACACACACACACACACACACACACACACACACACACA